GAUAAAGGAUGGUGAUAUGGAUGGUGAGAUCGGUGAGUGUGCUACUCUAUCAAAAAAGUUUUCCUUUUUUGAAAACUACGAUGAAACGCAAACAAAAACAGAACACAAGGAUGCUGACUUCAGCAAUGAGAGAUUACACGCGGCGAAGGAGUGCAAGGCGCGAAGCGUGCUGAAUAAGUUCAAGGAUAUGGAGCAGAAGGUGGCCAACGGGGAGGAGAUAGACGAUCCAUUGUUGAUGCAUAAGAGGCCCCUGAAGAGGUUUACCCCUCCCCGUAAACUAGGAGAGGAGUCAGGGAGUGAAUACUCAGAUAGUGAAUACUCUGAUAGUGAAUACUCAGAUUCAUAUUCAUCACACAGUUCCGAGGAUGACGAAGAGGAUGAGUAUCUCAGGAAUAUCCGGGAAGCUGCUAGAGCUAAACAACUCAGAGCUAAGUUUGAAGAAUGGGAAGCUCAGGUUGGAGAAGAUGGUGGAUACACGAACCUGGUUGAUGAGAACGGUAAACCGUUAGAAACUGCCAAUACACUGAAGAACAGAUUUGAAAGGAUGGCAAUAGAAGAUGCUGAAACCCAGUCCAGUAAACCUAAAUUUCAAGUGAAACGUUUCAAGCCGAAAGAAGCUUACGAGCACCAACUACCAUAGCUGGCACAUGUGAUCUAUUAACCCUAUGGCUAUUGAAGUGAUGUAAGCUCCGUGUAUGAUGGACGGUGGAGAAUCAAGCAUAAAUAUAAAAUAUCCUAGUUUAUCCACAGAUUUCACAGAUAGGACUAGAAACCUAGGACUACAUUAAACCUUGAUUUCUUUAUUUACCAAAAAAAAACAUAUAAACACCUUCUUCUAUUCUUCUGACACAUUUGUACUUAAUCACGCCCCCCUCCCCCAAACAAUGUCCUCAGUAUGUAAUGGAGGUAAUUACAAAGCCUUUUCUUUAUACACACGAACUAAUGUGUACAGGGUGUCCCAAUAAACAGAGAACUUAGGAGACGACCAUGGUAAAUCGUUUAACCAUGUACGACAGUGUGCAUAUUAAAAAAAUCACAUAUUUUAAUAAGUUCAACACUAAUCCUUUUUUCUAAUUUGCAAAUCAAACGAGAUCUUAAACAUUUAAACAAUUUUGAUUCUUUUAUCAUUAUGAAGUCUAAAAAACGUUGUAAAUGUAAUACAAGUGGAGUUCAAAAACAAUGUCGCGUGGAAUGAAAACGAUUAAAAAGUUUACACUUUAUUCCCAUGUUUAUUGAAACAUCCUGUAAAACAACAGUUGCUCCUCUUGUUUUAUCUAUACCUUUGAUUUAAUCUAUGAGUUCAUUCUUUGAUUAAAUUUAAAUAUUGAUGCACCCCAUUUAUAUGUUUCAUUCUGAACCUUUAAACUUUCGCUUUCAAUUUAAAAACUACUUCGAUAUUGAAUUCUCAUAUAAAACAAACCUAGUUAAUCUCAGCUUAUUUUAACCAAUAUUAUCAGUUUAUUACUUUUUUUUAUUAAAAAGAACAAUAUCAGCAACUGUACUACUGUUCUGCUUUGAAAUAAACUCCAUUCUGUAUUUAAGAUUAAAUUUGAAGAUUAUUCCUCUCAUUAUACAACCAUGGUUUAAGCUCUUUAUUAUUGUAAAACAUUUAAUCUAAGGGAAUGUUCAGAUAUUUUUAUAUAUGUACCAUUUAUAUAAAUCUGACAGUUUUCAUAUCCUGGAUUUGAAAAUGAACUUAGAAAAUGUUAAAAAUAAUUCUCUAGUUUAAAAUCUUUGAAAGAAUCUUUAAACCACCAAGAAUUCCAACCUAAGCUGGGAACUCUUGUAUUGCGGAUAUCUUGAUCUCGAUCUUUAUUAAUCUUUAUUCGAUAUCCUGCGGAAUAACUGGAAUAAAGAGAUUAAGUGGA